GGCGACGUCACUUUUCUUCCCUAGCAACUUUUUCUCAACAACGCGUCUCUAGAUACUACGAUAUUAGAUUGCCAUUGCGACUUCUCCAAUAUGGCCACUGGGGUAGAUGCGCGACUCUUGAAGUCGACCAGAUUCCCCCCCGAGUUUAGCCAGAAGGUUGAUAUGCAAAAGGUUAAUUUGCAAGUCAUGAAGAAAUGGAUCGCCAGCAAAAUUUCCGAUAUCCUGGGUAGCGAAGAUGACGUGGUCAUUGAACUUGUCUUCAAUCUCAUCGAAGGACCGCGAUACCCAGAUAUCAAGUCACUUCAAAUACAACUGACGGGUUUUCUUGACAAGGACACGGCUGUGUUCUGCAAAGACCUGUGGAAAUUAUUGCUGAGUGCCCAAAGCAGUCCCCAAGGCGUCCCCAAGGAGCUCCUUGAGGCCAAGAAGCUGGAGCUUAUUCAAGAGAAGGUAUGCCAACCCCUAAUCCUGUGCAGUUCCAUAUCUGACCAUUUUAUCCAGAUCGAGGCAGACCGCGCCGCAGAAACUGCUAAACAGAGACGAGACGACUGGGAUCGCCGUGACCGCGAAGUAGCCGACCUGAAAGACCGCGACCGCCGCGACCGGGCUGCUGCUCGUGGAGAUACCUGGCAAGGGCGCCGAGGUGACCGUGAUUUUGAAAACCGGGGUAGAGGGGGCUUUAGAAGGGGAGGUCGCCGAUCAAGAUCGCCCGGCCCUCGCUCCCGUGAUACUAGGGAAUCAUAUGGGCGUGAUAGUUACGUUCCACGAGGAAGACGUGGUGGUGGACGCGCUGACCAAGGCCGACGAAAAUCACCUCCUCGAUCACGUUCGGAAUCGGCCUCGUCCAGGCCGAGCUCAAGGAGUCGUAGCGCCUCCCGAAGUACUGAACAAUCGAACCAACGACGAAGGCCUGCGUCUCCUGGGGGGCAAGCUGACAGACGCAAGAGAUCGCGAUCACCCAGAGGAGAUACAUACCGGGGUCGGGCAAACAAACGUACUGAGAGAGAUCGGCCAGCUCGUCUAUCUCGAUCUUUGUCUUCGGAACGAAAUUCUCCCGCACCAAAGCGCAGACGUUACUCUUCAUCAAGGAGUCGUUCUGUAACUCGUCGCAGGCGCCCGGCUAGAAGCAUCUCUUCAUCGCGACCCGAACGAACAUCAGACUCUCAUAGUAGAAGUCGAAGUCGCAGUUAUAGUCGCAGUCGCAGCCGUUCCAGCAGCGCGUCACCGGACCGCAGGACCAAAAGACGGCCGAAUCAUGGACGUGGUGGCCAGCAGCCCUCUAGGAAGAGAGAUUCGCCUAAGGGCAGACGGCGAAAUAGUUCUUCAGCUUCUUCGCGAUCAAGGCUUCGAGAAAAGUCAGCUGAUGUUUUUGAAGAUGAAUCUCGUGCCCCGCCGACCAAGCCCGAGGCAGAGGUAACGGCCAAAUGAAGUAUCUGAGAUUUGACCUUGCUCCUUGCAACGCUUGCGCCAUGAAGGAGAGGAUGAGAAUUAUCGAGGUCGUCUUCUUUUGGGGAAAUCGAAGCUAACAAUUUCUUGAAGCCCUUUUUGAGCCAUUUGCAUAACAAUAAUUUGCAAUUACUGACUUUACGGCGUUGGAAAGCAGGGGCGUAUAGAAAACCUUUCUUUGUAGGAUAAUGAGAGGAUCAAGAACACACAUAACUAUCAAAUUGA